UAAUUAAAGCUACAGGGAAUUUCUUAAUGGUAUGAUCAUCUUCUAUAAAAGGGUGUUAAGUGCAAAUACUUUUUCUCCCAACAAAUCAUCCUUCUUGUUCCUAGGCUUCUCUAUUAUCAUAUUGAAAAAAAAAAGAAAAUGUCGUCGGAUGUCUGUGGAAAGCUGGAGACAGAUGUAGAAAGCGAAGCUUCUCCCAAGAAGUUCCAUGACAUAUACAAGCACAGACCUCACCACAUAUCCAAUCAUUCAAGCGACAAAGUUCAUGGUUGUGAAAUACAUGAAGGUGAAUGGGGGACUGUGGGCUCUGUCAUCUCCUGGAACUACUUCCAUGAUGGGAAGCCGAGAGUCGCGAAGGAAAUAGUUGAAGCCAUAGAUGACGAGAAGAAUUUAAUCACUUUCAGAGUGAUUGAAGGAGACCUUAUGGAGCACUUCAAGAGCUUCAUUAUCACUAUCCAAGCUAACCCCAAACCUGAGGGUGAGGGAAGCAUUGUGCACUGGACUCUGGAGUAUGAAAAGCAUCAUGGUGAAAUUAUAGACCCCCACACACUGCUUCAGUUACUCGCUGAUAUCUCGAAAGAUCUUGAAAAUCACCUUCUCGAAUAUGAAGCUGAGGCUGGAACUCAAGCUGUGGUUUGAUAAGAAAAGGUUAUGGUGGUUUGCUCAUAAUACUAUUGUACGUGUAAAAUAAAUUAGGUGGUGAUCAUAUAUGAAAGAAGUAUGCGUGUAUACAUAUUAUAUAUAUAUAUAUAUAUAUGUAUGUAUAUAUGUGUGUGUGUGUGCGCGCGCGCGCGCUUGUUCAUCGUUUUGUGACCUAAAUAUGAAAUAUGUAUGUCUUGAGGAGAUUGCUGUGUGUAUUUCCAGUUUGGCAAAUAUUUCCAAGCGUUUAUUAAUAUUUGGCAUGAUCUGUUUCUCU